UUCCUUCUUUAAUAAAAGCACCUCUCCUAAUCAUCUAUCUCCUCGUCAACAAUCUCUUUAUCAAUCAACUCUUCGUCACUUCCACAUCAAACAAGAUCAUUUGCACAAUGGCUUGCGAUCCGACAACAAAGAAAGCUAAGAAGCGUGCAAGAGAACACGCAGCUGCGGCAGCAAAAGUUUUCAAAAACCAUGACCCGUUGUGUGGGAAGACUUGGGCUGUCACCGAAGAAGAAAAGCAAGCUGCAAUUGAUCGGGGAUUGGCCUGGGGCAACGAAAAUGGGGCCAUCAGAGUUGCGCAUGCUCCAGAUUCCCAAGCUAAUCCAGCGGUCUUGGAGGGAGGUUGGGGAAUAGGUGGAGUGGUAAUUUCCAAGACCGAGCCAACUGGAUGGCCGGACGGUAUCAGCACAAAAUACGAGGAGGGGAAAAUUCCAGAGUGGAUUGACACUACCCCGCCUAAGACUGAGGCAGAACUGCUCAAGGAGAGAGUCGACAAGGCUUUGGUUGGCUGGCCAUGGAAAGGCACUCCAUCAAAGUUGGCCUCCACGGCACCUUACACAUUCAACGAAAAUGUCCAGUUCACACUGCCAAAAGCAACUCAAAGCUCCUUUUUGUUUGUCAAGCUAUUCAGUAACGAUGUUGUUUUGGAGAAGGUUUGCCAUCUGCUUUUCCAACAUCAUGACGCUGCCUGGAAGUUCUCUGCGACCUGCAAGGAAGCAUGGAGAAUCAUGAGAUGGAAUAUAGAUACGUGGGACAUGACUGAAGGUUACUUUCAUAAUUGUGAAAGGCCGAGAACUGGUGAGGCCGCACCCAAAGAUCCAUUCGACCAAGGAUCGGUCGCCCCAAUUGUUAUGGUUACUCCAGUCAGACGCGAGACCGGCCCGGCAACAUAUGUUGUGCAAAUGCAAAAUCUUCAUAAGUUGUGUGUAUCCAUCAACAAUUUUGCCGAUUACUUCCAGAAUCUCCAACUCCAUCGAGUCCCUUUCCUAACCACAGACCUUCUCAGUCUCCUGAUUCCUAAGAUGAGGAAUUUGAAGAUCCUGGGGAUCUACAAAUGCCAGUUGGUCCAUGUUGGGGAGACUAUGAAGCUUCUCGAUAUUAUCAAGACCGAUAGACCCCUAGAGCGGGAGAACCAAGUAUCGUUGGACUUUUACCCCAACUUCCACCUAGGUCCAGUCGAGGAACCGGGCAACCCAUACUCCGUUGGAGCUUAUGGUGUGACCUGGGACAAUUGGAACUUUGACACGACUCGGGCCGUCUGGUGCCUAAUAAUUCAGAUUAUUCCCAAGGCCCGAAGCCAAGGCAUUGAUUUCGAAAGCAAGCACAGCAUGUUUCGGCAAUGGAUGGAGCAUGGCCCUUGCCACGAAAUUGAAGAGACAAUCGCUGCAUUCAUGACUCCCCUAGCACACGACAAAGAUAAAUCAAACGAGAAGGCCAUGAAUAUUGAGACGCUCAAGAAGGUUGCUGCUAUGGUCAACUACCACCGAACAGGUGGGAAAAUUGAAAAGCUGAAGCAAGUCAAUCGACUAGGAGGAGGUUCCUUGGGAAAGGUCAAGCAAAAGCUGGAUAAACCAGGAGAGGCCGAGAUAGAUCCAGCUCUCUGGGCUAUCACAUCUCAUAAGUGUACCACCUGUAAAGAGAGUCUUAUGGGAAUCUUCUUCUCAUACACUCACAUCAUGGAACGCCAGACAGGUCUGAGCCCACACAUUUCCUGCGCCGGCUGUCUACUCAAUGGUGUCCUUCGCAUGGAAGCCGACCACUACAAGCAAGAAAAGAGAGAUAUCAUGCGGUCUUGGCUUGUCGGUCCUGAUGGGUUGAACAAAGAUGAUCUUGGCAAGGCGCUUGCAGACUACCACAAUCGACAAAUCGUACUUCAAGCCAAGCAGCUUGCUGAUCAGCACAUGACGGAUUCGACAACUGGCUCUGACCCAUAUGACAAAGAAUUCAAUGAGCGGCAAAAGCCUAUCACUAUGAAGGAGCGAAGUGGAAGGACAACCGCACUUCAAAGGUCUCCAGAAAUUUAUAAUCAGGCACCCGGUACAGGCUAUGAUUACAUCAGAGUUGAAAGAUACGAUGGGCAUGGCCUUGGCCACUGAGCUGGUGAAGAAGGACCGGGUUGAGUUUGCUUUAUGAAACUGCCUUCUAAGCUCUCAAUUCCUAAACCUCAAUCCUUACCUCCUCUACAACAUCCAGAUCUCCCG